CUGUUUUUUACUGAUAUAUUUCGAUGUUAGCUUUUGCAGGUGGAGGACUUGCAGAACUUGGCAGUCCAAGUUUUACCCCUCAUGUGCUUACAGUAAAUGCCGGUGAGGAUGUGACAAUGAAGAUAAUGACCUUCUCUCAACAAGGCUCUCGUGCUAUCUGUGUUCUUUCAGCUAACGGUCCUAUUUCCAAUGUUACACUUCGUCAGACUAUGACAUCUGGUGGUACUCUCACUUUUGAGGGUCAUUUUGAGAUUCUUUCUUUGACUGGUUCAUUUAUACCAAGCGAGAGUGGAGGAACCAGAAGCAGAUCCGGCGGGAUGAGUGUGUCUCUUGCUGGACCUGAUGGUCGUGUCUUUGGUGGUGGACUUGCCGGUCUCUUUAUAGCCGCUGGUCCUGUUCAGGUGAUGGUAGGGAGCUUUGUAGCGGGUCAGGAGGAAACGCAGCAGCAGCAGCAGAUAAAGAAGCAAAGAAGGGAAAGACUCGGGAUCCCGACAACAACACAAGCUUCUAACAUCUCGUUCGGUGGAUCAGCGGAAGAUCCAAAGGCUAGAUACGGGCUCAACAAGCCUGUUGUUAUUCAACCACCAACCGUGUCUGCACCACCACCUGUGUCCUUUUCGCAUGAGCCAAGUACUAACACAGCCCAUGGUUACUAUGCAAAUAACACAGCUAACCAUAUCAAGGAUCUCUUCUCUUCCCUCCCUGGAGAAUAUGAGGAAGAAGAUGAGGAGGAUUUAGACGGUGAAGAUGAUGAAGAAUUUGGAGGCCAUAGCGAAUCUGACACCGAGGUUCCAAGCUGAUGAUUUGAUGGAGUGACUCCCCUGACAUUGAUCAACCAUGAUCUUGAGUUGCUGCGGCGUUUUAUCUUUGAUGUCUUCUGAUUUGUUUAGAGUGUAAUGGUAUUUUUUUUUCUCAGAUUGUAGUUGUUUUGCGUAAACAGAGAUGUUUCAUUAAAUGG